AGCGGAGCGGCUCAGAUCAGGUCACACUUCACACACACACACACACACACAAUCUUAAAAUGUCUCUUUAUCGGAACAUUAGCAGCACGAGCCCGAUGGAUUACGGUUCUGAAGGCCGCGCGCACAAAGCCGGGACGGUGAUAGACGAGCGGCUGGACAGCGGGCUGGAUUCCCUGCGCGAGGAGGAUUACUGCAGCGCUCGCGAGGAGUCCGUGACCGCCGAAUUCGAGAGGCUGAGUGUGGACGCAGCGCAAGAGGAGCGCUGGAGGACCGAGACCACGGAAGACGGAGACACGUAUCUGCAUCUGGCUAUCAUUCAUGAAGCACAAGACAUGGCGCUAAAAAUGAUCGAAAUGUCCUUCAGACACCCGUUCCUGAACAAACAGAACUACCAGAGACAGACGGCGCUGCACUUGGCCGUGAUCACGGAGCAGCCUCUAGUGGUGGAGCGCCUGCUGAAGGCCGGCUGCGACCCCAUGUUAGUGGACAACAACGGCAACACGGCGCUGCACAUCGCCUGCAGGACCGGAUCGCUGGCGUGUUUCGCUCUCCUCACGCAGAAAUGCUCGGAGUUUCUGUCGUCCAUCCUGCAGACACCUAACUACAGCGGGCAGAAAUGUUUACACGUAGUGGCUGUACACGGUUUUCUCUCGUUGGUGGAGAGCCUCCUCUAUUUUGGAGCAAAUAUCAAUGAACAGGAGCAGUGUAACGGCAGGACGGCUCUCCACUUAGCCGUGGACAUGCAGAACCUCGAGCUGGUGAAGCUGCUGAUCAGCAAAGGCGCUGACGUCAACAGCUUGACCUACGGUGGUCACUCGGCGUAUCAUCUCACGCACGGACGCCAGAACACAGACAUCCAGAAAGCGCUGCAUGACGUCACGGAUCAGGACCUGCGGGAUCUGCCGGAGAGCGAGGGCGAGGACAGCGAGGACGAAUACGACUACAUCUUCCACAGCAGUGAGCUGCAGUCUGAUGAUGAGUAUGAUGACAUUAAAGUGAUGGGGCAGGAGUAGAGAAGAGGCUUGGCGGUUCGGAGAGCUGAAGAUGAUUAAAAAUCGCCCGGUCCGGUGAGAGAAGACGUAAAAAGCAUACAGGAGGACAUACCGAGAAAAAUGUGAUCCUGAGCCUGGAAACGGGCAGGAGGAAGACCACGGAUGCAGAGAGGAACUGUGCAGGAAGUAAAGAUCUGAGUCGUAAAGGAAGAGGAAAACAGAAGAAGAGAGACAGACGUGCUGCCCAGGCCUGCGGCGAUACUGAGCUUUGCUAUCAUCAUCAUCAUCAUUAUCUGACUGUGUAUCAUAGUUUAUGAUAGUAUCGCCAUGGACAUGCAUCCCUUCCAACGUAAAAACAUCCGAAACAAGGACAGUUGGCAGCCGGCUGGGACGGAGCGGCGUGUUUAAUUCCUGGGUGUAUGGUGUAAUCAUCAGCACAUGCCUGGUGUCUGGACUGAAGCUCCACCCCUGCAGUGCUGCUGUAUUAAAGUGUAAUAUAUUGUGUAUAGACAGAUUUAUUUUUUUAAGUGUAAAUGUGUAUAGAUGUGUAUUCUGUUUUAUUCUGUUGGAAAUUCCAAAAUAUUCUGCUAAAUUAAAACCCCAUAAUUGCGCA